UCAACAAAAGGCGGCAUUUCGUGUGUGUUCCUGCUGCUGGUGUGGUUUGCUUGAGUGAGCGCUGGAAAAACAUUUAUUUUUUUAGAAUUUUAUGUAAAAAUAUUAGAUAUUUUCAUGUUUCUGUAUUAGUUUUCGGUUAGUAGAGCGCAAAUGGAUAAAAUGAACAUGUAAGUUAUUCAGUAAAAUAUGUUAAUCAACGCAUAAUGAGUGACGACUACGAACUGGAGGAGCAAAGGCUCCUUCGGCGCAAGAAGAAAUCUUCGGAGGCGGGUAACUUGCAACAGCUGGCGGAAACAUGUCGCAAGCUGGGAGAGUUGUACAGCUCCCGUGGCGAACACCUGAAGGCGCUGAACGAGUACAAGCUGGUGGCCAAGGCGUUCAACCGGCUGCAGAUGCAGAUGGAGGUGGGUCGAGCCAACCGGAUGAUUGGAGAGAUGUAUAUGCUGCUGGGCGAGUCGGAAAAGGCCCUGCAGUACGAGAAGCUAUAUCUGGACAUUGCCCGGACCGAGAAGGACAAAGUGGAACUGCAGCGGGCCUAUGCCACGAUCGGAAGAAACUAUCUGCUGAAAGGCCAGAGCUGCGACGAAACGGAAGUGGCCAAGGAAGCGCUCUGUGAAGCGGAGAAAGCAUUCGUGAAGGGAUUGAAGCUUUGUCGGGAUCUGAAGGAGGUGGGCCGACUGGAGCAAUCGGAUAUGGAAGCGCGAGCCAUUCUGAAUCUGGGAGUGACAAAGGAACAUCAGGGAGACCUGGAGGAAGCUUUGGAGUACAUGCAAAAAGCGACCAAGAUUGCCCAGAACAACGACAUUCAGGAUGUGGAGCAUCUGUGUCUGAUGACCACGGCGCAGUUGUACAACGGGAAGCUCAACAAUCCGACCAAGGCGCUUAAGGUUCUCAGUGAGGCGCUGGAGGUGGCCUCGCGUCUCAGCAACAAGAUUGCAAAAAUGUGCGAAACCCUCGCGGUGAAGGCGGAUGCCAUGAUUAAAAUAGGCGACUUCCAGAGUGCCAAGCAAGCCCUGAAGAAGGCGUACCACAUGAAAACACCCGUCGCUGCGGACGCUGAGAGCAUCGAACGGAAUCUCAAAGUUCUGGUGGCAAUCUGUCGCGUGGAGGACGAACUGAUCACCACCGGUAGUGACGAAUAUGGUAAAAAGAAGAUUCUGUACGAGAAGAUGGGCGAUGGAUCUUGUAAGUUGCUCAAUUUCGAGAAGGCAAUCGAUUACUACCUGAAGAUGUUGGAAUGCGCGGAACUGAAUGGGGAAACGGGUCGUCAACUGGUGCCGACCUAUGUAAGUCUCUAUCAGACCUACAAGGACAACAAGCAGUACGAAGAGGCGCUGAAGUAUAUGUGGAAGGAGUACGAGCUCAUCAAGGAUGAACCGAAAGAAGCGUACAACACUCUGCUAAGCAUCAGCGAAAUUUUCGAAGAACAGAAACGGAACUGUUUUGAGAUUGAAGACAUUUAUCGCCGAGUACGUCACGAAGCUCAAAAGCUCCAGUCGCUGUCAUUGCAACGGGCACCCAUGAAACGCUGUGUCGCAAUGUUGAAGAAAAACUGCAUGGAUUUGAUGGCGGAGAACCUGGAAAAGGAAGCUGCUGAUCUUGGAAUCGAUCUCAAUCUGGCAGACGAUGCAAACGGCCCCGAAGAAUCGGACGAUGAACCAGAUGAACCGGAAAAUGCCGAACCGGAACUCAAUACGCCGGACAUUGGCGACGAUGUCGAUUUGGAAGAACUUACCGAAUCCGAGGACGAUAAUUCUACCAAGCCGUUAGAGAAACAGCCGGAGUCGAGGGCAUCUCGCAAGCGAGGAGUUUCUUUCCAGAUCAAGAGGAACAACAAGGGAGAAACCCAGCUGCAUCAGGCCUGUAUCAACGGAAACGUCACGUUGGUUCAGAAAUUGCUGGAACAAGGACAUCCGGUGAACCUCCGGGACCAUGCCGGAUGGCUCCCGUUGCACGAGGCGUGCAACAAAGGAGACAAGGAAAUCGUUGAGAUGCUUCUGGACAAGGGAGGCCAAAUCAACGACAAGGGCGGAACUAGCUGUGAUGGAAUAACUCCGCUGUACGAUGCGUGCUCCAACGGAAAUCUGGAAGUGGUGGAACUUCUGCUGGAUAGAGGAGCGAAUUGUACGCUUCGAACCGAUUCAGGAGACACUACCCUGAAUGUCCUCGAGACCUGGUUCAAAAGCGUUCAGAAGAAAAUUCCGCCUGAACGUAAGACGUUCUACGAUGUUAUUCGGGAUCGGAUCAUCAACUUCUUCGAUAAGGCUGGUAUUAAGCCUACGGAAGGUGGCACCAUUCCCGAUUCGAUACAGGCGGAAUCAUCAUCACAAGGGACCACUCGUAGCACACGACGUCGUGGUGCACGUCUCGGUCGCCAGGACUCUGAUGCAGAAUCUGUUGCUCCUACCACCCGCAGCUCCGGCUAUGGCAGCGUCAAAGCUGGUCAUGUUACGCCUUCUCGCAAACGACCUGCAGAAAUCCAAUCCGACGAUUCGUGUCUUUCCUCCGAUGAAGAUAACAACAGUUCUGCUCUGAAAGAUUGCUUUCGCGAAAAAAGUUCGCGUCUUUCGGCCGGAGUAGAUGACUAUCGUAGCGCCAUGCAAGUACUGCGGAAGGGAAACUUGGUGCGGGCUCAGAUCGUAUCCCCUCUUAAAGACCCCAAUCCGGGACCGUCUAAACGGAGCGCUUUCCUGCGCAACGAUGAAAUCGGUGACGAUUGGCUGGUCGAUGAUCUGGGCCCGAACAAAAAGAAACAAAAAAUCUACUCGGACAACGACUUCUACGAAAUGGCACCGCUGAAGUCGCCCUUGCGCCGGGAUAGUACUCCCCAAAAAGCAUAUCCAAUUUCCGAUCACACAAUUACAUCAACUGCCAUAGAUCCUGACUCCGAUGAUGAAUUUGACCGGUUGGGCUCACCGUCAAGGCAUGCUUCUUCGGAGUAUAGUGGUCAGGAUGCCCACCAGUUGCUAAUGAACGCAUCCAAUAGAAGCUUUUCGCGUCGUCCAUCAACUCAAUCCAGUCGUCCAAGUCGACGUUUUUCGAAUGACAGUUACGGCGAUAGAAACCAAGCGUCCCUGCUCGAGGCCGGCUUCACCGUUUCAUCGUCCCGGUCGAUCAGUCCCCCACCGCUAUCCCCACCGAGAACUCCGGUAAAAAAUGAAGGUGACGACGGUCAGGGUUCCCCGUUGGUGGAAUCGACGCAACAGGUGGAACAACAACGAACCCCCGUGAAGGUUGUUCCUACGAAUGUGGUACGAGUCCUAAUCGAAGGCGAACCAUUUGAUUUCACGUUCGAACCGGACCAGAUGAUGCAAACCAGUGUUGGCUGGCUGGUGCACGAAGUGACCAAGCGCUAUGGAGUAAAACAUGGCAAACGACCCUUGCUGAAGUUACUACGAUGGGAUGAUGGUCCCAUCGAAGACUCAGAUCCGCUUUCUACGUUGAUAAACGAAACCAACAUUAUUGUCAACACGUAUCUGACUGGAUUCGAGGAGAUGAAAGCACACGAGUUCUACGACGACUACUGCCAUGAAAGUGGUAUUGAUACCGUCUCCGAUCUGCGGCAAGCGCUCGAGGACCUUAAUAUGCAGACAAACUUCUCCCUGUCUAAGGAUUUUUUCAUUGAAAACACUCGCCAAUGUGAUAUUCUCAUCAAAGCGCUGGCAACUCGGGAGCGUCUGCAGAAGCUCGACCUUUCCUGGAACCAACUUUCCGAUUCGGACAUGGAUGUACUCUCUCAAAAGUUGUCCAACUUCCGAAACCUCGAGAUGCUUAAUCUAUCAAUGAACUACAUCACAUUCAAAGGCAUCUGCUCCCUGUCGUCAGUUAUAAACGCCGAAGAGCUGUUUCUAACUGAGCUGGAUCUCAGUCAGAAUCCGCUACUGGAUCAAUCUGUACCUGAGCUGGCGAUCGUUUGCCAACGGCUGAAACACCUAACCAUUCUUCGCGUUGCAUCUACGGCAAUUACCAACCUCAUACUCGCGGAAUCCCCUUUGGACAUCAGCAAGCUUAACGUCUUCGACGCAUCGGAAAACGAUCUCAACCAAAAAUCGCUGGAGUUCCUGUUGAACAAAUCGAACACGUCGAUCGUCACCGAACUGAAUCUGCGAUCAUUAGGAAGUAUUCCGGAUUUCAAACCUACCUUCAUAGCGGCCAUUCAGAACAACCACUUCGGCAUGUUGCUAAAAUUGAACCUAUGCAACUGCGGCUUGACUGAUUGUGAUCUUACAACGAUAGUGCUUGCCUUGAGCAGAUCUGCCAUUGGGCUGCAAUGGCUAGACCUAUCUCACAACUCCAAGCUCACAAUAAAAAGUUUUAUUGAAAUUUUAAAAAUUCUUACGCGCCGGCCGUUACAACUAAGUUUCCGCCAAAACCCUUACAUUCUGAAGGACUUCGAUGCGGAGGAAACCAUCCGAGCGAUAGAGUAUGAUGGGAAUAAAUCGUAUCCGUAUGAUAUGGAAUUUCUGCUGCCGUUGGGAACUGCUGAUGAUCAGUUGGAGGAUCUUCGUCGACAGCUAAAGGUGUUUUGGGAUAAACUCUGGCACGAUCACGGCACAAUCCAGAUUAUCGAUCGAAACGUCAGGCUGUCGGCAAUACCGUCACUGUAGGUAAGUUUUUAGCAAGCUUUUUAAUAAAUAGACGACUUGAUAA